GUGAUCUGACCAGCGACCUCUGUCUCUGUUCACCAACACCCCGCCAAUUUCCUUGGAAAAAGGCAGCCUACUUAGCUUCCGAGCUCUCAGACCUGCCAUCGAUCGCAAGUCGCCUCUAUAGCCGGCAAACACGAGGAAGCCUUUUUGUUCUAGAUCGACGAAGCUCUCGGGACUCGAUCAUGGCGGUCUCCUCCAUCAGCUGCGCGCUCAAGCCUCCAGCCCCCGUCAAAGAAGCAAGCGCUCGCCUGCAACCGUCGCCACCUGCCACGAAUACGCCGUGGUCGGGCGGGCUGCGCCGGGCUUGCGCGGCGGCCGCGGCGUGCGUCGUGAUCGGGACGGCGGGCGGCGGCGACGCGGCUCUCGCGCGGGGUGGCGCGACCGUCGUUCCCAGAGCCGCCGGCGAUGUCGUGGCCGCCGUGGACGCGCGGGCGCCGCCGCGGUGGAGCGACCGCAGGGAGUGCCCGCCGUGGCGCGCCAACUCGCUGGAGAACAUCGUGCCGGAGAACCUGCCCCGCCCGUCGGCGCGCCGCAGCUUCAACAGCAUCAAGGCGCCGGAGAGGGGCCCCGCCCUCGCGCCUGAGGCGGUGGCGCCCUUCCUGGAGCCGCACUCUGGCCUGGGCUGCUUCUCCCUCUAGGCAAGUAGCCGGCGGCCCCUCCUCUGUAGUUGCAUUUGUGUUUGUAUACAGCCUGGUGAUCAGAUUAGCAGAAGGGGUACUCGAACAAGGUUCGAAUUCAAUAGAUUUUAGAAGAAAUCAUUUGUCCCGCUAAUCCAGGGGCGGAUCAAGGGCCUGGGGCUCAUCUUCCUCUUCUUCUUUCUCCUUCUCUUUCUCUUUUAUCUUCUUCCUCUCCAUAUCUGAAAAUUUUAGUACUUUAUUCAGUAGUAUGAGCGAUGGAACAUACGUACAUAUGUAUACACACGACAUACGAGCA